UGGCAAGUUAUGGUCAGAGUCACGCUUAUUUCCUCCCUCCACCACCCUCUCUCUCACUCUCUCGUAACCGAAAUGGAGAAAAAACCGUUGCUCUGCUUUUACGUCCUCCUCCCUGUUCUCGCCAUUGCUGGAGCUUCCUCCUCUGAGGUCGACUACUCCAAGCUCUCCGGCAUUAUAAUUCCGGGCUUUGCAUCUACUCAGCUCCGAGCAUGGUCCAUUCUCGACUGCCCCUACUCCCCACUCGAUUUCAACCCUCUCGAUUUGGUUUGGCUCGACACCACCAAAGUCCUUUCUGCUGUCAAUUGCUGGCUCAAGUGCAUGGUGUUGGACCCUUACAACCAGACAGAUCACCCUGAUUGUAAGUCCCGUCCCGAUAGUGGUCUUUCUGGUAUUACAGAACUUGAUCCAGGUUAUAUAACAGGACCGCUUUCUUCGGUGUGGAAAGAAUGGAUUAAGUGGUGUAUUGAAUUUGGCAUAGAAGCUAAUGCAAUAAUUGCUGUUCCUUAUGAUUGGAGAUUGGCACCCUCCAUGCUUGAAAAGCGUGACCUUUACUUUCAUAAGCUGAAAUUGACAUUUGAAACUGCUUUUAAACUUCGUGGUGGCCCUUCCUUAGUUUUUGCCCAUUCAUUGGGUAAUCAUGUUUUUCGUUAUUUCUUGGAGUGGCUGAAGCUACAAAUUCCACCAAAACAUUAUAUCAAAUGGCUGGAUCAACAUAUUCAUGCCUAUUUUGCUGUUGGACCUCCCCUUCUUGGUGCAACUGAAACCAUUGAAGCAACACUUUCUGGUUUCACAUUUGGCCUUCCAGUAUCUGAGGGAACAGCUCGAUUGAUGUUCAACUCCUUUGGUUCAUCAUUAUGGAUGAUGCCUUUUUCCCAAUACUGUAGAACUGAUGAUAAAUAUUGGCAGCAUUUUUAUGGGAAAAGGCCCAUGGGUCAGCAAACGUAUCACUGUGAUGAGCAGGAGUUUCAUUCAAACACAUCUGGAUGGCCAACGAAAAUAAUCAAUAUUGAAAUUCCCGCAACUCGUGGAUUUGAUGCAUAUCCUUCAUUCUCAGAAAUACCGGAGGCUAACUUGUCCAGCAUGGAGUGUAGAUUGCCUACUCAAUUAUCUUUCUCAGCUCGUGAAAUAUCAGAUGGCUCCUUUUUCAAGGCAAUUGAAGAUUAUGACCCAGACAGCAAGAGGCUCUUGUACCAGUUAGAGAAAUCAUAUCUUGAUGAUCCUGUCGUUAAUCCCCUUACACCUUGGGACCGGCCACCAAUAAAAAAUGUCUUCUGCAUUUAUGGCACUGAUUCGAAGACCAAGGUUGGUUACUACUUUGCCCCUAGUGGCAAGCCCUACCCUGAUAACUGGAUCAUUACAGAUGUCAUUUAUGAGUUUGAAGGAUCUCUAUUCUCAAGGUCGGGGAAUUUGGUUGAAGGGAACCCUGGAGCCAUGAGUGGUGAUGAGACGGUACCAUAUCACUCCCUUUCAUGGUGCAAGAACUGGCUUGGACCUAGGGUGAACAUAACAAGAGCUCCUCAGUCGGAGCAUGAUGGUUCAGAUGUACAGAUUAAAUUGAAUGUGGAACAUCACCCAGGAGAAGAUAUUGUUCCGAACAUGAAAAGAUCGCCAAAGGUUAAGUACAUAACAUACUAUGAAGAUUCUGAAAGUCUUCUUGGAAAGAGGACAGCAGUUUGGGAGCUUGAUAAAGCAAAUCACAGGAACAUUGUUAGAUCACCAGUGCUAAUGAGGGAAUUAUGGCUUGAGUUGUGGCAUGAUACCCAUCCUGAUGCAAAAUCAAAUUUUGUCACUAAAGCUAAGCGUGGACCUUUAAGAGACGAGGACUGUUAUUGGGAUUAUGGGAGAGCUCGUUGUGCAUGGCCAGAUUACUGUGAAUACAGGUACAUUUUUGGUGAUGUUCACUUGGGACAAAGCUGCAGGUUGAAAUAUACUUCAUUUGAUUUGUUGUUGCAUUAUCUGUAAAUAAGAAGGUGCUGACGAGAUUUCCUUCUGUCAAAUUUUCUACCAGUUGGCCCAGUACUCUUGAAUACCAGAAUUCAUCCUCGGAUUAGCUGUGAUUUUUGGAGUUUGGUCAUUCUUUUGCAUUGUAAACUUGUGGGGCCACUGUUUGCAAGCAAUUUUUGUUUGCUAGUGUGAAAAAUUUGACUCAACUUCUAUACUGUUAAUAGUAGCUGCCUUUAUUAUUCUCACAAUUUGCACAGUAAGUAUAUAUUGGGCCAGAUCAUAGUCAAUGUUGUACUAUACUGUUAUUAGUAGCGGGCACCUAUGGCUGAUAUAUUUCUGGUGGCAUCUGGUAUGCGCCUUCAUAUGGUCUGCAAAAUGAAAUUCAGGCCAUUGCCUUCUAUUUUUUGAAACAUGAUUUACCCUGCUAUUGAUUAAGUUAGUAGCAUCAUUUUACCGUUGGUUACUUGAGUGACCAGUUCCAUUUUGCCAUCUCUAAGAAAUAACAAAGAAUUUUGGUCUAUGGGUUGGUGAUUGACAGUUUCCUAUAUCUAAGAAACAU